GGGACAUUGCUCCGUCAGCUGGUUAACUCAGCCUUUACAAUGUGACAAACGUGUGGGGAAUGGCUCAGGGGUUCAGAGAGGACUGGACGUUAUUUAAAAUGAACAAGAGCUCGAAGAAUUGCCGUGUCAGGGAACGGACUGAAGUGACCUCGGACUGAACGCGCUGCCAGUUGGCCAAAACAAAUGCAUAUCGCGAUUUCAAAGUUGGAUGAAUGCGACUAUUUAACGGACCCCGGAAGACAACAAAAUCAAAGCGAUUUCCUGGGUUCUAAAACCCAGUGUGAUUUGUAAACGCGGAUCAAAUUGGCACACGAGUUGAGGAGAGUAAUGAACAUCUUGUUCCUUGCUAUGGUUAUCUCAUCCUGUGGUUGCCUGCAAGCUGCCCCGAUGAAUGAAGCUGUGGACCGAGGCGCCUCGCACUACCCGGGGCUGCGGCCUUACGGGACACUGGCCGGCGGAGGGGGGCCAGGGGUCGCCCCUUCCCGGGGACUCGGGGCUUUGGCCAACACGAUGGGCCAUGUGCUGGAAGAGCUCCUGGAGGUGGACAGGGAGGCUCGGCCGAGCGACGGCGGAGGUGGACAGGGAGGCUCGGACAAGGAGGGCGACUUGUACUCGUCACGGGUGAUGCUGAGCGGCCAGGUGCCUUUGGAACCGCCUUUGCUCUUCCUGAUGGAGGAGUACCGGAAUUACUUAGAGGCAGCGAACAUGUCGGCCAGGGUGAGGCGCCACUCAGACCCAGCCCGCAGGGGAGAGCUCAGUGUCUGUGAUAGUAUCAGCCAAUGGGUGACGGCAGACAAGAAAAAGACAGCAGUGGAUAUGUCGGGCCAAACGGUCAGCGUCCUGGAGAAGAUCCUGGUCCAGAAUGGUCAGCUCAAGCAGUACUUUUACGAGACCAAAUGCAAUCCCAAAGGGUUCACUAACGAAGGCUGCAGAGGAAUAGACAAGAAACAUUGGAACUCUCAAUGCAAAACCAGCCAAUCUUACGUCCGAGCCCUCACCAUGGAUAGCAGGAGAAAGAUUGGGUGGAGAUUUAUAAGGAUAGACACUUCCUGUGUAUGUACAUUGACCUUUAAGAGGGGGAGAUAGUGAAUUAGUUGUAUAUAGAUUUUAUUGAGAAGUUAUCUAUUUGUAUAUAAAUAUUACAUACAGCGUAAAUUAUUCCGUGGAAGCGAUACAGAAAACUUUAUGGACUGCAUGUAUAAAUGAAGUUUAUACAGUAAAAGAGGUGGCUUUAUGUCUAUUUAUUGAACAUAUCCAUGACUCCAGAAAGAAAGAAAACAAUUAUUUGCGCACAAUUUCAAAAAAAAACAAUAAGCCUGUAUUACAUUCCUCAAAACAUCGCGGUUUGUUGAAUGACGUUGCCAAGAAAUGAAACAGUUUAAAAAAAAAUGCAUGCUGCUUCAGUUUGAUCAAGAAUCUGUCCAUUGGAAAGUCCAACUCAACAUUCCGUCCCGUUAGACAGUAAGUGGCUUUAUUCCUCGUUAGUAUUAUAUUUGUUGACUGCUUUACCUUCUACCGAUGGUGUUGGAAUUAAAAAAAAAGUCAAGGUGCUGACGUGAAUCUUUAUUAGUUUUUAUUUUAUUUCCCUGGUGAAAGGAUUGUCAUCUCAACGCUUUCGUGCAGUACAUUAGCACCAGUGUGAAACCAAAUCGAUGCCGGCUUCAUUUUAUUUUCUUGUCAGUUGUACUGCAUUACAGAAUGGGACACGAAUGGUGUUGGAAUGGAUUAGAUCAUUGGAUGUGAUUAUUCCCAACCCCCUCCCCGUUUCCCCGCCCCAUUCAUAAACUACUUCUACAAGGAGACCCUAAAGACUGAAUCAGAAAUAACAGAAUUUCAGUGGAGAACACAAGUAUUCAUCAUGGGGAGGGAGGUGGGGUUUAGGAAUACCAGUGUGGAAACCUUUCAAAACGUGAAGUCAUGCAGAAAUUUGGACACUAGUGUCUAUUAAAAGGACAGUCAAGUAUACACAGUUCGGGGGAGGGGCAUGAUGGUGGAGCUGUCAAUGGGUAUUUUGUUGGGGAGACA